AAAACUAGAGUGUACAAUUUUUCAACCAAGAAACGUGGCUUACGAAACCCAUGUUCAUACCUCCAUUUUGCCACUACCUUAGCCUGGACACUGAUUUUGUAAUGCUUAGUUUCUUGUUGAAUGAAGAUUAAUGUAAAGAAGGGUUCCUUCAGUGAAUGCACAGUAGUUUGGUAGAGGAAGAAGAUGGAAAAUACACGAUUCUGGGUUGAGAAAAGGGAUCAUGGUAAAAAGGAUCCAUUAUCUGUAGAAUCUUCAGCAUUACAGUUAAAAAAGUUGGCUAAAAUGGAAAAUUUUAACCAAUCACAGAAUGGUAAUGUUUUUCCAAAGGAUUUAUUUCCCCUAUUUGUUCAUGGACACUAUAAGAUUCCAAAGCUUAUGGCAUGCUCAGAUGAGACAUAUCUUCGCCGUUGCCUGGAAUUUUUACAGAUUAAUGCAUUGAAAGCUUCACAACACAAGAAACCAGUGAGCUUAGGAACCAAAAACAGGUGGACUUCAACAGAAAGCUUGAACUCUGUUGAAGUUAUUGAUGGUGCUGAAUGUGGUUCUGGUCAGUUGGUCAUAGGACAUCAUGUAGCUGCAGUGACUGAGAAUUUAGUUGUAAGCACUAAUGAUGCAAAGAAUUGGACUUUAGGUACAUUAAUGAAGACUAAGAGUAUGAUAAAUAUAUUGAAUAGUCCUUUGCUUCUUCAAUUUGGUGCUUCAGAAAGAAAUGACAAUUUGAACAUGAACUUCACUGAUGCUAAAAACAUGAUAUGCUAUGAUUUUAUGGAUUCCCCUAGUGGUUUUAGUAUCUCUUCAUCAUGUAAACCAGAAAUGGAAACACCAAUGGUGCAAAGUCAUGAGUAUGGUUCCAUUUCUGUUCAUAAAAGGAUUACCUCUACUUCCAGCACUAACAUUAAUUGUCUUCAUCAAGGAAUGCUUCAGUGCACUUGGAAGCAAGGUGUUCCUCAUUUUGUUUUUUCAGCAGAUGAUCAUAAGGAGGUCUAUAUAACCAAAUUGAGCAAGGUUUACGCAGCAGAUGAUGAAGCUUUGCACUAUGUGUACCUGAUUUACUUGAACAAGGGUGGCCAAAAGGGCCGUGAGAUUCCAGACCGUGAUUUGCAACUUGUUGGUAAGAUGAAUGUAUCAACAUGUUUCACCCUAUGCCCUGACAAUUAUAGAGUAAUGGAAACACAGUUUACAUUAUUUGGUAACAUUAAAAUUUAUGACAAAGAAAUGUACACCUCAAGCCAUUCUCUCAUCAUGAAGAACAAGGGCAUGUCUAAGAGUGUGUCAAAAGUGUUCAGAACUAGUCCUUCAUCAAAAUACAUAACAUCCUCAAAGUUCAGUAGACCAAAAGCCACAAGAGAAAGUUGUCCAUUGGAGCCACAGUCAUGUGGUCUAGGCGUGACCGAUUUCUUAGGAACUAAUGUCCCUUCAAAUUUUGAGUUGGCUGCUAUUGUUGUCAAACACCAUCUUCCAAUUCAUAGCUUGGAUAAAGUUGGAGGAUGGGGCUUAAAAUUUCUUAACAAAGCUGGAGUCAAUCAAACUACACUGCCUUCUGAAAGUUGUAGUUGUAGUCAAAAUACUGGUGAUUGCUCAACUAGUAUGAGCUUUCUCAUUCCUGCAGGCCUUCAUGGUGGACCAACUACCAAACAUGGAGGUCCAUCUAGUCUUGUAGAUAGAUGGAGAUCUGGGGGUAGCUGUGAUUGUGGUGGUUGGGAUGAGGGAUGUCCCUUGACAGUUUUUCAGAGAAGAUCUAGCAAUGAGGAGGUUCUGUACUCUCAAGCAGAUAUGCAAGGCAAAUGCAAGUCAGUUGAUUUAGUUACUCAGGGUUCAAGCAAUUUUAGCCCAACCUUGAGGAUGGUGAACGUUCAUGAUGGUUUAUAUUUUAUCCAUUUUCUACCAAGCUUGUCUGCCCUACAAUCUUUCUCCAUCGCCGUAGCAAUUAUUCAUGAGCAGAAUCCUACUCUUUGGCCUAAUAGUGCACAGGAGCUGUGAUAACAAAGAAAAAGUUGAGUAUUUAGCAGGGAAAACCCUCUUACUGUAUAUUAACAGUUGAUGAGAAGAUGUAGGUGGAUACAUGAAUUAGGUUUUCAUUCCUUCGUUUAUGGUUGUUAUUUGUCAUCCUGUCUAAGGUUAGGUGAAGGUGACUAAUUUUCCUUGUUCCUUUUACUCAAUUCAUGCACCCAUCUUUUCCCCCUCUUCUUUUUGCUCAAGGGGAUGGAAUUGAAUAACUUUUGAUGAAGAAAAUUUGUAAGUCCUUGCAUUGUGAUUGGAUUUGCUAUAUUUGUUG